AUUUAUCGCCACCUCCUCAAUGCCUGGCCUGCGCAAUAAAUUCAACCGGCCCUGGGGUUUGUCAUACAUACGUAUGAGACAGUACGCGGGUAUCAGAAUUGGUCCAGUGGUGAAAAAGGACGUGAUGAAAGCAUCGAUAAUGCUGGAACACGACAGCCAGUACGCAACGAUAUUGGCGUUUGACGUUAAAAUUGAACGCGAUGCUCAGGAGUUAGCGGAUUCGCUGGGUGUUAAGAUAUUCCAGGCGGACAUCAUCUACCAUUUAUUCGACAAGUUUACCGCCUACAGGGAGGAGCUGAAGCAGCGAAAACGAGAUGAACAUAAACAUAUAGCUGUUUUUCCCUGCAAACUCCGGGUUCUGCCGCAGUAUAUAUUCAACUCCAGGGAUCCCAUUGUGAUGGGUGUGAUGGUUGAGGCUGGAAUCGUCAAGGAGGGAACACCCGUGUGCGUGCCCAGCAAGGACUUUGUUGACCUGGGUGUGGUAACGAGUGUGGAAUACAACCACAAGGCCGUCGAGUCGGCGCGAAAGGGCCAGGAGGUGUGUGUGAAAAUUGAACCAGUGCCUGGUGAAGCACCCAAGAUGUUUGGACGACACUUUGAUGAGAAAGACAUGAUCAUCAGCAAGAUCAGCAGGCAGAGUAUAGAUGCCUGCAAGGAUUACUUCCGGGAUGACCUGGUGAAAACGGACUGGCAAUUGAUGCUAGAACUGAAAAAACUCUUCCAGAUCCUUUAAGUGAGACAGUGGAAUCUCCAGGGAGAAGUUAAGACGUGGCCUCAACGCAAUUUUCUAUAGAAAAACAAAUAUCACGACUGGAUUCCAUCAUGUUUAAUCUGAAGAAGUAGAGAGAAUAAAAAAAAAUCCACAAUAAAGCAAUACUGCCGGCAACUCUGAAGGACCCGGAGGAUCGCGAUGACGAAGAAGUGAGGAAAUCAUCGCGAAAAUCUCAUGGGG